CUUCCAGCUUGGUCAGUUGUUUCCUGGAUCAUUUAUAAUGAUUGUUCCGUGUGCAUUGAUUUUUGUAUUUCUAAUAGUAUUUAUUUUAUACCUUUGUGAAAUACCUUCCCUCCACACGUAUAGGCUAAUUCAAAAAAUUCCUGGACCUAAAUCUUUGCCAAUUUUUGGCAUUGCGAUUGAAUUAUUCAAGUUGAAUUAUGAAGAUAUAUUUCCAUACUUUAAUAAAAUCAUCCAGGAUUAUCCUAGAGUGAGAAAAGCUUGGCUUUUGGGAAUGCCUAUUGUAAUCCUCUCUGAACCUGAAGACAUUAAGAUAAUUAUGAACAGUACUACCCACAUUCAAAAAGGCUUCGGCUAUCAGUUCUUUGGGCCCUGGCUUAGUGAAGGAUUACUUACCAGUGAUGGUGAUAAAUGGAAAGCCAGGAGGAAAAUUUUAACCCCGUCUUUUCACUUCAAAAUUCUUGAUAACACCCUUGGGCCACUCAAUGAACAGUCAAGAUUACUUUUAAAGAAUUUUUUGAAAAAGGAUGAACCUUUGGAUCUGCAUUCUGUAAUAUCCCUCUGCACACUGGAUGUAAUUUGCGAAACAGCCAUGGGAUGUUCAGUUAAUGCACAAAAUAACCCUACCAACAAUUAUAUAAACACUAUAAAAAUAUUAACAAAUGGAAUUGUGUACAGAUUACUAAAUCUUUAUAUGAAAGACUGGCAAUUUAAUAUUACAUCUAUUGGUAGAUCUUUCAAUAAAAGUCUUAAAGAACACCAUGAUUUCACUGAUAAGAUAAUAAAUCAAAGAAAAUUAGAGUAUAAAAAUUCCAAGUUGAUCGAAGAUUUUGAUGAAGGAAGUACAUCAGGUAAAAUGCCACGAGCGUUUUUGGACAUGUUGAUUGAAUUGAAAUCUCCAUAUGGAUAUUUAAGCAGUGAUUUAGACAUAAAAGAAGAAGUGAAUACAUUCAUGUUUGAAGGACAUGACACAACUUCUUCUGCACUGACAUUCGCUGUGUUUAAUCUUGGACUUCAUAAGGACAUUCAAGAAAAGGCAUAUCAAGAACAGUAUGAAAUAUUUGGUAAUAGCGAUCGUUUUGCAACAACUAAAGAUUUACAGAAAAUGACUUAUCUUACAAAAGUCAUAAAGGAGACGCUUCGACUCUUCCCAAGUGUCCCAUACAUGUCAAGAAAACUCAACAAAGAUGUACAACUUAAGGACGUGUUGCUGCCACCUGGAGCGCAUGUAUUGAUAAUGCCGUAUUUUCUCCACCGGGAUAAUAACAUUUACCCUAAUGCUGAGACAUUUGACCCGGAACGGUUUAACACUGAUGAAGCUACCAAAAGACACCCAUUUGCGUAUAUUCCUUUUAGCGCUGGCCCGAGAAACUGCAUCGGACAAAAAUUUGCAAUGAUGGAACUUAAAGUGGUACUGUCUACGCUUAUCAGAUUCUGCAAGUUGGAUUCUGUCACUAAAUUGGAAGAAUUAGAACUAACACCUCUCGUUAUUCUUAGAAAUAUAAGCCCAAUUUAUGUUAAAGUAACAUCUCGGUUUGAUUAGUUAUAUAUUAAACUAAAGGAAAAACUUUAUAUUUAUUAAUGCUUCAAGACAUCUAGUGCAUAAUAAUAUGUAUUUCUUGUUAACUAGAGUAAAGCUAAAAUGGAUUUCACAAUUUCAAAAUUGGCAUGUAUUAAUUAAUUUGGAUGCAACAAAAUAUAUGUAAAACAAAGGA